AUGGAUCAUCGGUUCCCAAUCACCCGAGACGACCUCUUCAACAUCCAGAUGGAUUUGAAGCAAAUCCAACUGGUUCAAAAUAAUCAGGGCGAGAGACUUGCACGACUUGAGCGACGCCAGGACCAAGAUGCCAGCCUCAAAUCAGUUUGGCAGCAGCAUCCGUUUCCUGGCGUCUUAGCUGGAACACCUCAGCAAGGCCCGACCCAUAUAUCCCCCAACGACAUGUUCGACGACUUUGACGAGCAGGGCCAGCACCUGCUGAGCUCCCUGCAUCUUGGACCUGCCGAGGAGGAACCUGCUCGAAGAGGCGCUGCAUCCCGAGCUAACAGUGUUCGCUUCGAUGAGAGUGCCUUGCGUGGGGCCGACUGGGCCAGCCAGAGCAAUCGUCAUUCUGGGGAAUUCGGUCCUCCCCGCCCAAGCAGCGGGAUGAUGAUGGAGCGCUCCCUCUCCCACAAGUCGGACGGCCGGCACAGCUCGGCAGGCCAUUCCGUACACUCUUUCCACUCGGUCGCUUCUGGUCGCGCAAGCAGCCUGGGUCUGGAUACCAACUUCAUGGUCAGCAGCCACGAAGACGACUCUCCCCUAGAAAUGCCUGAGCCUCCCCCAGGCUUGUUUAUCCUCGGCUCAGUUCCCACCAUCAUCCGGUGCUGGCUUACGACUCAAUUUGCACACAACACGAUACUUUACGCCGACCUAUGUACCGGGUCGCAAAAGUCUGUGCUAGACUACUCGAUCGUUAGGGAACUCGACCUCCUGGAAGAAGUUCAACGCGAUGUGGACGGAACGUUCAAGAUACGGCUACCCGUAUAUUUGGUCGAAGCCACCGUCUCGGAGAGAAGUAGCCGGUCAUCGAGUCCCGGCCAUCAGAUUCCUAGCAUUCUGACAACCUUCGAGGUCUUGGGCAUGGAGCAGGCUGAAGGAGCGGAUCCGAAACGAGGUGUUCAAAUCUUCAUUGGCAGCGACACCCUGAGAGCACAUCAAGCCGAUAUACUCUUGUCUCAGAACCGCAUGUGUCUAUACGGGAGUGAGCGCGAGAAGCUCUCAGUUCCUUUUGUGCGCCCGGAAGAUGAGUCUGUGUUCAAGUACAUCAGCACGAUGAACUUUGUUCCGGAGAAGCCUCGACUCAAUGCCAACGCAGCGCAAUUCGUUCCUGGGGAGCCGCGGUCUCGUGCAGCUUCGACACAUGAAGGAAUGGAGAACAGCGUGUCUAGCAUGCAGCAGGACGACGGAGAUUCUCUUGGACUCAUCUCCCCUAUGGAAAAUCACUCUGUACCCAACAAGUCGAUUGGAGCAAGCAACCUGUCUGAAAGUGGCGGGGAGAGUGAGAGACUCGGUAAAGACGCUGCCAGUGGGUCUGAGUCCGGGGCUAAGGAGACCGUGGGAACGCAGAACGGCUCUGCUAGCACAGACGGCAAUCGACGCGAGUCUGCCAGCGGCAUCUGGGGAUCAUGGCGGCAAGGCACGUCGGCAAACGGCUCUGAGAACGGACAGCGGGACGCCAACGGACCGCUGAGUGGUUAUCAGCCAGCCGGGCGCGGUAGUCGGAAUAUGAAGGUACUGAAGCCCCUGAAAUCGGGGUCGUCGUCAUCUGCCCGAACCGGAGCUGCCUAUGAGCCGGCGCCCGCCCCCAGAACCAGCGGCGAACAUCGACGGAAAAGCCAGGCGAGUACUGUUUCGGAGAGUACCCCCGCGGGAACGAUUCGUUGGGAGCCGAAGCGAACGGUCAGCAGCACGGUAGAAUUGAAGGCUCAACGUGAAGCCAAAAACGCGCCGCCGCCGCUGCCGCGGUCGGCGAACCCGAUUGGAGGAGCAUCUGCCUUUUCGUGGAUGAACCCAGCCUCCAAGGUGAAGCCUACGGCCGCUGCUGAGUAG